GGUGGGUCUCGAGCCCCCAACAGUGGAGAUUCGAUUCGAGGACGUCAGCGCGGAGGCGCGGGUGUAUGUGGGAAAGAGAGGCCUCCCCACUCUCCCUAACUUCACUCUCAAUAUGAUCACAUCAAUGCUACGCAGCAUGCGUCUGCUGCCAGACAAGAGGCGUCGAUUCCCAAUCCUCCAUGGAUGCAGCGGCGUGCUCAAGCCGGGCAGAAUGACGCUUCUGCUGGGCUCCCCUGGUGCAGGGAAGACCACCCUCAUGACCGCCCUGGCUGGUCACCUGGACAGACACCUGAAGCUCACUGGCUCCAUCACGUACAACGGGCAGCAGCUGAAAGAUUUCAACCCUGCCCGAACAGCAUCCUAUGUGCCCGAGUGUGACGAGCACAUAGGCGAGAUGACCGUGCGGGAGACAAUGGACUUUUCCGCCCAGCUGCAAGGGAGGGGCCUGUUUCGAGUGCUGGUGGAGGAGUUGGAGAGGAGGGAGAAGGAGAUGGGAGUAGAGCCGGAUGUGGCAACAGCACUGCUCAUGAAGGCCAUGGCAGUGGAGGCCAAUCCAUCCAACAUGGUCACCAACUACAUCCUGCAGCUGCUGGGGCUGGGCAUCUGUGCGGACACGGUGGUAGGAAACGCUCUCGUGCGCGGCAUUUCAGGCGGCCAGAAGAAGCGCCUCACCACAGGCGAGGAACUAGUGGGCAUGCGGCAAGUGCUCCUAAUGGAUGAGAUCAGCACGGGCCUCGAUUCCUCCACCACCUUCCUCAUCACGCGCUGCCUACGCCAUCUCACCCAUGCGCUGCGCACCACCACGCUCAUCGCGCUGCUGCAGCCCGCCCCCGAGACCUUUGCUCUCUUUGAUGACGUGAUGCUGCUGGCGGAGGGGCACAUGGUGUAUCACGGGCCCCGGGAGGGCGUCAUGGGGCUGUUUCGGUCGCUGGGGUUUGAUUGCCCUCCAAGGAAAGGAAUCGCAGAUUUCCUGCUCGAGGUGACGUCAGCCAAGGACCAGGCGCAGUACUGGGUGGAUAAGUCGCAGCCACACGAGUUCAUGGCAGCGGGGGACAUGGCUGCUGCCUUCCGCCACUCCGCUCUCGGCAAGCAGAGACAGGCAGAGCUGGCGACCCCCUUCCAGCCAACAGACUCGUCCACGUCAGCACUGGAAACAGCCCCCUACGCCCUCUCGCCCACUCAGAUGCUGACAGCUGUCUUUGCCCGGGAGUGGCUGCUGAUGAAACGCAAUGCACUGCUCUAUAUGGCUCUCAUCAUGCAGGUGAUAUUCACGAGCCUCAUGUCGUCCACGGUCUUCCUGUACACACAGCGGUCCAUCACAGCCAAGGACGGCAACAUCUACCUGGGAGUGCUCUUCCUCGGCAUCACCAUGAUGCUCUUCAACGCCUUCUUCGAGCUGCUCCUCUUCACGCUGCGCCUGCCCAUCUUCUUCAAGCAGCGCAACACGCGCCUGUACCCCGCGUGGGCGUGGGUGCUGCCCAUGGCUGUGCUCUCGCUGCCGCUGUCCGCCGUGGUGGCCGCGCUGUGGACCGCUGGCACGUACUUUCUUGUUGGGUUCGCUCCGGAUGCUGGCAGGUUCUUCAUACAGCUGCUACUAUUCUUCCUCAUCCAUCAGACCGGGGUGGCUCUCUUCCGUCUGCUGGGAGCCCUCGGCCGCAACCUCGUGGUCUCCAUCACCCUCGGCAACUUCGCCUUCAUCAUUCUCUUCCUACUGGGGGGCUUUAUCGUUGCCAAAGACGACAUCCAGCCGUGGUUCAUCUGGGCCUACUGGAUGUCGCCCAUCACCUACACGCAGAACGCCCUCUCCGUCAACGAGCUGCUGGCGCCCAGGUGGCAAAAGUCCACAGCACCACUAAUCCCCAACUCCACGGUGGGUCUGGUGGUGCUGGAGGGGAGGGGCCUGCCAACGGAGAGCAAGUGGGUGUGGAUUGGCGUGGUCGCGCUCAUCGGCUUCACUCUGCUAUUCAACUUCCUUGUUGUCGUCGCCCUCUCCAUCCUCCACCCAUGGGCCAAGGACCAGCCAGUGACAGAAGAGCAACUGGAGGCGAGAAUAGAAGAAGCAGUGGGCCUCACAGCCGCCACCGCCACGAGCAGGCGCCUCUCAAAGCACUACAGCGCUGGCAGCCGGCGCAACUCCGAGAGCCAUGGCAGGGGGAGGGGCACGGAUGGGGAUGCGAUGCCUGUGAGCAUCAGCAUCACGCGCAGCCAGUCGGGGCAGAGCGCCCGCUCUGUUGGGUCGCGCAGCGGAGCCCUCGAGCGGUACUGCGAGCGAGUCUCCUCCACUCACUCCAUGGGGGACAUUAUCGAGCCUACCCUCUCCCGGGACCUCUCUGUACCGCCCUCCACCGCUCGCGGCAUGGUGCUCCCGUUCCUCCCGCUCCCCCUCGCCUUCCACAACGUGUGCUACUGGGUUGACAUGCCGCCCGCCAUGCGCGCCGAAGCCGCCCACUCCCCUGGCAACUCCGCCGCCCGCCUGCAGCUUCUGAGAAACGUCUCGGGGGCGUUCCGGCCGAAAGUGCUUACCGCGCUGGUGGGGGUGACGGGCGCGGGGAAGACAACCCUCAUGGAUGUGCUAGCAGGGAGGAAGACCGGGGGGUAUAUAGAGGGAGAGGUGAUGGUGGCGGGGCAUCCGAAGGUGCACGAGACGUUUGCGCGCGUGUCGGGGUAUUGUGAGCAGAGUGACAUUCACUCGCCGCAGGUCACGGUGCAUGAGAGCCUGCUGUUCUCCGCGUGGCUGCGGCUUCCCAGAGACAUCGACCGGGACGUGCGGGAGGAAUUCGUGGAGGAGGUGAUGGAGCUGGUGGAGCUGGACGUGCUGAGGGGCGCGCUGGUGGGGCUGCCGGGGGUGAGUGGGCUGAGCACAGAGCAGAGGAAGCGCCUCACCAUCGGUGUUGAGCUCGUGGCCAACCCCUCCAUCAUCUUCAUGGAUGAACCCACCUCAGGCUUGGAUGCAAGGGCAGCGGCCAUAGUAAUGAGAACGGUGCGCAACACGGUGGACACAGGGCGCACUGUCGUCUGCACCAUUCACCAGCCGUCCACCGACAUCUUUGAGGCCUUUGAUGAGCUGCUCUUAAUGAAGACAGGAGGAGAGGUUAUAUACAUGGGGCCUCUGGGAGUCAACUCGAAGCAUCUCAUCAAGUACUUUCAGGCCAUACCCGGGGUGCAGCCCAUCCCUGACGGCUACAACCCGGCCACGUGGAUGCUGGAGGUCACGGCGCCGGCUGCUGCUGAGAGCAUCGGGGCCGACUUUGCAGAGAUCUUCAGGAACUCACAGCUGUUCAGGGAAAACGAGGCGCUGAUCGCAUCGCUCUCCACACCCCCUCCCAACUCAGCACCACUCCACUUCCCCUCGCGCUACUCCACCUCCUUCCUCACUCAGUUCCUCGCCAACUUUUGGAAGCGCUCCCUCAUGUACUGGCGCGCGCCGGAUUUCAACGCCGUCCGAUUCUUCCUCGCGGUCUGCAUCUCCCUCCUCAUGGGAGCCGUCAUGUUCGGGUUCGGCCACUACCACGCCACACAACAGGACGUGCUCAACGUCAUGGGAGCGCUUUACGUGACGUCGCUGCUCAUGGGGUGGAACGCGGGGACUUCGCUCCAGCCGAUGCUGUGCACGGAGCGCACGGUGUUCUACAGGGAGCGGGCUGCGGGGCUGUACGGGUCGCUGCCGUACGCGCUAGCGCAGGGGGCGAUCGAGACGCCGUAUGUGGUGGUGGAGACGCUGCUGUUCUGCGUGAUCACCUACGCGCUGCUCGAGCUCGAGUGGACGGCCGCCAAGUUCUGGCUGUACUGCGCGUUCAUCUGCCUCACGCUGCUGUGCUUCGCGAGCUUUGGAAUGAUGGCGGUAGCGAUCACGCCCAAUGAGCUGCUCGCUGUGGUGCUCAGCGGGUUCUUUGUGAUGCUCUGGAACCUCAUGUGUGGUUUCCUCAUCCCCAAGCCGGAAAUUCCCGUGUGGUGGAGCUGGUUUUACUACAUCAACCCCAUCGCCUGGUCUCUCUACGGCCUCAUCACCUCUCAG